UGUAUGUAAUUAGAAUAGCGCAUGACACCGGGGUCUCUAUGCGCUGAUACCACAGAAAACAAAAAAAGAAAACUAAACCAUUGAUCUAUUCUAACUAACCAUGAACAAAAAAAAAAAAAGAAAAAAGACAAGCAGAGGAACCACGAUCACUGCAACGUUCUCCUGCAGUUUAAAUACUACUGCAAAGCAGCAGCUGGUAGGCUCAUAAUUCACAGGUGUACUAAUGAACCUGGCAUCUGACUCACCUAUCCUAUAAAAAUGAAGAAAGGGAUAAGAAAAACUAAUAUGCAAUUCUGAAAAGAUGCGUCUUCAGCCUUUGCUUAAUAUUAAUUGCAACAAUAAAGACCUCAUUGUACCACUACCUAAACCUACAUCCAAGCAUGUAUGCAAUCUUGGUUCAAGAACUUUGUUUAAGAAGCACUACAGUUUCUUUAUCUGGUACUUCAUCAAAUUGCGAGUCUACAUUCUUCAAUUCCUAUGGAAUUGAAACUAAGCUUGGAAUAGGAUCUGGGAUAGGAAACUAAGCUGCCUCUCAUCCAGGAAAUACAGGUAAAAUAAAUUAUCCAAACCUAUAACUAAUUUACUGUACCUUAUUGCUCUAUAAGAAAGUAUAAUACAUACUCCAAGUAUUGAAAUACACGCCAUCGUGUUGGGAUUCAAUAUUUUGACAUUAAUUAUGUCAUCAUCAGGGACGAUUGGCGUGUAUUUCAAUACUUGGAGUAUGUAUUAUACUUUCUUAUCUGAGAUUAAUCAGUGGACCUUUCGGUUAUUGCUCUAUAAUGUAAGUAAAGUAGAAAUAGUGAUACAAUUAGGAUAGUUGCAUAUCAUACACUAAUGGAAAUUAUUAUAUGAAGGAUAGAUUAAUGCAUUUAAAAACCCUGAUCUUCAUUGUACUGUACUGCCAACUGUUUAUUUCAGGAUUCAUGAAGUGAAUAUUUAGAAGUGUCAGUAGACAUGCCAGCACUGGUGGCGUUCAACCGUCGUUGGGCGGUAGGAAGUGAUGAUUUUGCACUGCCUUUUAUUAUAUCUCUCCUGAUUCGACUUGUGUGGAUGAUAGCAGUGUCAAUCGUCUUUAUCGUACAUUUCACAGGUCACAAUCACUUCGAAUCAUGUCCAGACAAGCUGAAAACCAUAGUGUAUUUCAGUGGACUUUUGUUUAUUACCAUGGUUACAAUUAUCUUGGAAAUACUCAUAAUAUACGUUAGUAGUCGUGGAACAAUCGUGAAUGUGUACCCACGGCGACAUAUUCCUCGUCUUUUAUACAUACGACUGUUUCUUUACAUUAUUGAAAUCAUCUGGAGUGUUUUUGGAAUUUUCAUUGUACAUUCACAUUGGAAGCCAGAAAGCAGUGCCUGCGAGGACACCAUAAAGAACAUAAUUUUAGCGAUUGUUCUUCUCAGCUGGUUUGGAUUAAAAAUCAAUUUGAUCGCAGUUUGUGUGAAAUUUGAUCCGUUGGGCCACAUACGAGAAAAAGUAAAGCGCAAGUUGCACAAACAAAUAUUGUGUAAAUCAUCUCUGCAAUCACCCAAGGCAUUAUUGGAACGCAGGUGCCGAGUCCUAUGCUGUUGUGUCAAAGGUGAUGAGAAUGCGAGGGAGGCAUUAGCGGAUGCAUCUGCAGUAUUUGCCAAAUUGUUUGAAGGCCACGAUGUGGUUGCAUCGGAUAUUUUAGCUGGAUUAAUCGUGAUCCAACAGCAGCAAAAGAGAUUAAGUAUGCAAGGUUUAAUGCCUCCAUCAUCAAGGACUGACUUUCCAGAAUUUAACGCUCCUUCGACACCUGCUAUAAAUGUACUACCAGCAGCGGUACAUUUUCUUCAGUAUGCCUUAAGUUCGUAUGGAAUCUUGCUCUACAUGUAUGAUCAUCCUUUGUGUGGAAUAUGUAAAUUAUGCUUACAUAAGGAUUGCAUUUGUUGUUGCUGUGGCAACCAAGAAGAUGAGGCCUGCACUGGGUACAAUACAGCGGUCAUCAAGGAAAUGAACAAUUUAAGAAAUGAUCAGAUUAUCUACAUAACUCAUCAGAAUAAGAUUUAUGAAAUACCAUUUUUUGUGGCGGUGGACCAUGAUUACAAGGCUGUCGUUAUUUCUUUACGUGGAACUUUGUCAUUGGAGAGUAACGAUUAUGAACUGGUUAUUACUGGGCACAGUCUUGGAGGUGGAACUGCUGCUAUUUUGUCAAUCUUACUGAAACCUCAAUGGCCACAUGUUAAAUGCUAUUCAUUUGCUUGUCCAGGUGGUCUUGUCAGCUCUGUUGCAGUUGAGUAUUCCCUUAGUUUUGUAACAACAGUUAUUCUGGGCAGUGACAUAAUUCCUAGAAUGUCAUUGGAGAGCUUGGAUGAUAUUAAACUACAGCUGAUUAAGAUCUUUAUGGAAACUGAUAAAUCAAAAAUCAAGCUAUUUACGCAAGCAUGUAUUAUUGGUAUGUGUGGUGACGACUGUGCCGACUUCAAUGAUUGUGAUCGGAUGAUGAUUACAAAUGAUGACAUCCAAAACUACUUCGAAAAAUAUGACAACAUGGUAGGUGAUGUUACCUGUGAUGCAGAAGGGUACUCCUCCACCAACCAAAGAAACAAUCACCAUGGCAAUGGAGAUCACAAUAGUGAUGCAGACGAUGAUGAUCUUGAUGCUGUUUCAGCUGCUGAUGAUGAAAAUGAGAAUAAACGUUUGUACCUUCCAGGACACAUUGUGUUGAUCAAAAAGACACCAGAAGGCAUUGAAAGAAGCGAAUGCUGCGAUAGAAGGCAUUAUGUAGUAAUGUGGGCAAAACGUGCAGAUUUCGCAUCAAUUCUUGUGAAGCCAAGUAUGAUUACAGAUCAUAUGCCUAAUAAAUUGUUGAGUGUAAUGCGUGAUAUCAUCACAAAUCAACAACCUCAAGAGGUUUAGAUUCUAUAAAUUGAAAUUAAAGAUUUAAAUUUAUCAAAGACUAAAUUUGAACUAAUAAUGAAUCCAUUGAUUCACUUUUUGUUUUGAAACAUUUUUAAAACAAUUUAAAUAUUAUAUUUCAUUUAAGGAGGUUGACGGUUUAGUCAUGGAUGGCUUGACCAGAUGCAGUUUAAUGUCUUGCUCAGGACAACUCAAACUACCAUUAACUAAUGUUAAGUAUUCUCCACCGGACACCAUCCUGGUAUUUCAGAGUAAGGUUCCAGGAAAAAUUAUGUAUAAACUGAUAAACUAAACUAAAAACCAGAACACCCAAUCAUGUAUCUGUAUGUGAUUUCCAUUUUUUUUUGCUUUGUAUUUUAUGGAAAUAGAAAUUUGGAGCAGAUUGUAAAGAAGGCAUGUAUUGUAAGAGGCAUCUCUGGAAAGUUGAGAAAGUGAAUUCCAUAUGUAUACACAUGUUGCAAGUAAAUGAUUUAUGUUGUUCAAAGAAAGAAUUUUAAAAAGUUUCAAUAACGGCAAUAAGUAGUACUCAAGUCAGUCAAUGAUGGCAACACGUAGUGCUCAAGUCUGUUAAUGAUAAAAAUAUAGUAGAGGUAAUGUUCCUUAAUGAUGACAAAAAAUAUUACUCAUCAUCAUGUUGCUCAAAAAAUUAUUUUUAAAUUAAGAGAAUGCAGUAUUAACAAAUAGAAAAUAAACAAGACCAGAAAAAUAUACUUUUUGUUGUAAAAUAUAAUCUGGAAAAAUAUUCUUUUUUCUUCAGAUUGAGGUAACUUAUAAUCACCUCUAUUAAUAUACAAAAUAUUGAUUUAACAUUAUAAAACAUACAUAAAACAUGUGUUGUAUUCAUGUAUCAAUAUAUACGAAGGCUGGGUAAGUAUCAGAAAAUUAAUUAAUUAAUCAAAAUAACAUUUCAGUCAGAAUUGCUAUAAAUGCUAGAUCCAGCUUAGAUAAAUUGACAUAAAUGGUCUAUUAAAGUUGUGUAGCAGUUCAGAUCAGUUUCCAUACAACCAUAACCUACCAAUAUGGCUUCCUUAAUUAACAAAAAAAAAAUUUUUAGAUAUUCAAUAAAGUAAAAAUACAUUCUACUUUAAGUGUUAUGCAGCUUAUAUAACAAUUUUUUUUGCUGUAGCUAAUCCUA